AUUGGUUUCAUGGAGAGGUGGUGAGCAGAGCGGGGCUGGCUGCCUAUAAAAGCAGCCAGUGUGAGCGGAGCGCAGCUUGGAGAGACCGAACCUUCAGUCAGCGUCCGGUGCGCAUCACAGACGACUGGAACCGCUAUCAGCGCAGCCAUGAGUGAGAGACAAGCAUCUGGAGCAAUGACUGGAAACAGCAAACCAUCUGCUGGCCAAGGGUUUCAAGGUCAGCAAAAGGUUCCAUCUAAACAUGAAAAGAAGAACAACCUCCCCCAGGACUUCGACAUCGACAUGGACGACCCGGAGACAGAGAAGGCUGCCGUGGCCAUCCAGUCGCAGUUCAGGAAAUUCCAGAAAAAGAAGCAGGAUGUGAAGUCUUAGAGCGGCCGUUGUCCUCCCCGCCUGAUGUGGGCCUGGUCUUGCAUGUCAAUCAAACUGCACCGUCAUGAACUGAAAUGAGGGGUGGGGGUGGGAGGGUGGGGUGAAUAGUAUGUUUGUGAAAGUCUGUGUAUAAUGAAUAACUUUAGUAUAUUCAACAUGAAUAAUUAUCUAACUCUUGGUGGACGUAUUUAGAUCUUUCCUAUAAUUUUGCUAUUUCUGUUUUUUACUUCUGUGACACCUCACAGUGUAGCUGCAGAUAUGACUCUUUUUACUUAUGUCACAUUUGGUGUAAUAUACUCAUGUAGACAGCAGAGUUAAAUAUGCUAGGUCUUCUCAUGAAUUGUCAAUGAUAAUGUUUCCUUCGGAGGAAUAGAAAGCCACGUGCACUGCUGUGAUUGAUGCUAAAAUCUGGGUCACGUUUCACUGACAGUCCUACUCAGAAGGGUUUGGGGCUCCACUGGAGGCCUGUUAAUGUCAUUUGCCUCCGGCUGGGUAAAAUGAUCCCACACUGUUGCCAGUACUUUCACGCAGUAAAACUAAUGCUUUUAAAAUCCAAUCAAUGUGUUCAGACGUCGGAGGUCUCCCCUUCGUUGCAUCGUUUCACCUGAUGAUCAGUCGUGUCUUUGUAGAGAUUCUAGAUGUUGUGCUUGUGUUUAAUUCCUUGUUUUUGUUCCAUUGUGAUUGAAACAAAGUCCAUGUGUACUGUACAAGCACACACACUUAUGCAUGCAAGCUAAUGCACAUGCAAACACAGACACACACAGAAAUAAAUAAAGACAAUGGAACAGUGA